AUUAGACGCUUGAAUUUCUUGAUUCGCAAUUGCUCUGCGGGUUGAGUACCCGCAAGUGCAUGAAAUCGUGAUGCCUGUGGGAAUUUGGUGUGUUUGUUAGAGGCUUUGCAUCGCAUUCGACAUGUAAACAGUAGUCAAUGCGAUGUAUGAUAUUGAUGUAGUCCGUCACACUUACAAAAUUGCGUACAGUGUAAGGAGUCAUGGAUCUCAUUCCCGUAAAAAUAAAAGUUCGUCAAGAAAUUUACCAUCAUAGUAAAUAGGGCAUAAUGGCGAAUUCUGCGUUACUUAACUAACGUUUUAAAAUUUAUUAUACCUUGAGAAAGUGUCGGCUGAGGAGAAACACGAGAAUGAUCAAAGAAAAAUACGGCGAUUCGGACACAGCUACUAGUCCGGUCAUUCUCGAUUUAGAGAAUUGGAUGUCAGACCUCCCAGAAGAGUUGCAAAAUUUGCCGAUAAUAUGUCUGGCAAUACCAGGUACUCAUGACUCUGGUAGCAGCUCCAUUACUCGAAUGUCACCCAUUGCCCCGGAUUCAGGACCCCUUGUGCGGAGAUUGGGGAAGAUAUUUGGACCAAUUGUUAAAUUCCUGGUUUACAACUGGGUUGUCACUCAGCAAACCUCUCUUACUGAACAACUGAAAGAUGGUAUCAGGUAUUUUGAUUUGCGAGUUGCAACAAAAAAGAACUGUAAGGAACUUUACUUUGUACAUGGUUUGUACGGCAGUGAGAUAAGUUCGCUGUUACAAGAAGUGCGUGCAUUUCUUGACACACAUCAAGGAGAAGUGGUGAUUCUUGACUUCCAACAUUUUUAUAAUUUCUCAAUUGAAGAUCAUAGUCAGCUUGUAUCACUUUUGGAUUGUGUCUUUAAUGGCAUGAUCUGUCCAGCUAUUAGUGAUGUGAAAAGUAUUAGUCUUUCUUGGAUGAGAGAGAAAGGGUUCCAAGUGAUUGUAAUAUACAGGGAUGCUGCAGGGCAAGGGUUUUGGCCAGCACGGCGCUGGCCUACUCCCUGGCCAGAUACGACAUCCCCACAGAAGAUGCUUACCUUCCUCACAGAGACACUGAAUCGACGUCCUGCAGGGUCUGGGUUUGUUAGUCAGUGUGUACUUACACCUAAUAUAAAGUUUGUACUGUGUAAUCCAUUAUCCACAUUGAAGAAAACGUGCGGUGAACCGUGCAACCGAGCUGUACUGCCUUGGAUAGAAAAACAGUGCCCUGGUCCUGCUGGAAUCAAUGUCAUAAUAGCUGACUUCGUACACGCCAAAGGUUUCCCAUUCACAGAGACAGUUAUCAUGCUUAACCUCAGACUGUUGCAAAAUAAUCGAGAAUCUGAGAAGACCAACUACGAAAUGGAAAUUUAUAGCUCAGAAAAUUAAUAUUGCAGACAUGUGGGACCACCAAAGUCGAGCACACAAAGAACUUUAAGGUAUGGCGUAUAUACUUGUCUGCCCCUAUAGAUAGAACUGAUAUUUAUCUUGAAAAGAAGCCACUGAUAUGCAAAAAAAUGGCUUUUCUUGAUCUUUGUAUGUAAAUAAGCACAAAUAAAGGUAUUAAUCUUCA